CAAAACGGUACAUACCAAUGAAUAAUUGAUCAAAAUUAAUUUUAAUGAAAAGCGGAAAAGCGUAGUCACACUUUAAAGUUUAAAAAAGCUAACAUGAAACGAGCUUUCACAAGCUUUGUGCUAACUUAAUGCACGCGUAUGAUGUCAAUCUUGCCUUUGCUGGAUAUCCGGCAUUCUUGUUCCUGCCACUGUAUUUCUUUGGCCUUCUAACUUUUGCUCCGACAUACAUCACAUACAUCGACAACAGCUUUACCCCUACAGACAGGAUUAUAUGAGAAUCUUUUUUUCUUCUUGACAGGUUGAUUUGAGUACCACCGCAUUGUAAUAAGAUAUUGGUUACCAAAGUGACGUAUUAGCUGUCACGUCCUACGAUGGCAAGCAAUUAUUACAAUCCGCAACAACCUCCCAAUCAGUACCAGCAGACUCAAUAUGCUCAGCCGGGACCCCCAGCCCCGGGUCCGAUUCCUGCGGGUGGUGGCUACGGUAAUGAGAAGCCUAUGUUCGAUCAAGCCUUCAAGCUUGAGCGCCCUAAGUACAACGAUAUCUGGGCUGGCAUUCUCUUCCUUAUUGUUGUCGCGGGUUAUGUAGCAGUCUCUGGCAUCUCAAUCAACGGCUAUGCUUCCACAAAAAACUUCCAAGGAGAUGGCAUUUAUGACUCCGGGUCGAGGGUUGGUCUUAAUACGAAUACUCUUGUUCUCUUCAUCUUCUGCCUUUGUGUUGCUACCGUUUUUAGCUACCUCUACGUAUUAUUGGCUCGCCAAUUUCCCAAGCAGUUCAUCUGGAUAACUGGUAUCCUUAACAUAGUCUUCGGUCUUGUCACCGCGAUAUACAUGCUUUCCCGGCACUAUUACUCCGGCGGCAUUGUGUAUCUGAUUUUCGUUGCUUUUCUCAUCUUCGCCUUUUUCACGUGGAUUCCGCGCAUCCCAUUUAGCGCUCUUAUGCUCAAGACGGCUGUUGACGUCUCUAAGAGUUAUGGGCAUGUUUAUUUAGUUAGCGCAUUGGGUGGUCUUUGCGCGACUGCUCUUGCUGCGUGGUACUCCGUCACUUUUGUCGCCGUGUAUGCCAAAUUCUCACCGGGCCAAAAUCCAGCGUGCGCAGAGGGAGCCGGGGGCUGCAGCAGUGCUAAAGUCACCGGUCUACUUGUGUUUAUUACGUUUGCGAUGUACUGGAUUUCGGAAUGGUUGAAAAACACUAUUCACACCGCUAUCUCAGGAGUUUACGGCUCUUGGUACUUCCACCCGUAUAAUCUGCCCCAAGGCGCAACCCGAGGCAGUCUUAGGCGUGCACUUACAUAUAGCUUCGGCUCCAUAUCCUUGGGUUCCUUACUCGUUGCUAUCAUUAACUUCCUGAGACAGCUGUGUUCCGUUGCUCGACAGAGUGAGGCCGCGCAGGGUAAUAUACUUGGGACCAUUAUGUUUUGGAUUCUUGGGUGCAUCAUCGGGAUCCUCGAUUGGGCGGUCCAGUUCCUCAAUCGCUAUGCCUUUUCCUACAUUGCCCUGUAUGGAAAGCCCUACUUUGCCGCUGCCAAGGAUACUUGGAACAUGAUCAAGCAACGCGGCAUUGACGCUCUUAUCAACGAAUGCCUCAUCGGGCCGGUCCUAUCGAUGGGCGCGACGUUUGUAGGCUACGCGACGAGCUUGCUAGCUUAUCUGUAUCUUGUAUUCACGCGUCCUUCAUACAACACGGACGGUUCAUAUACACCUGUUGUUAUAGCUUUCGCAUUCCUCAUCGGUCUGCAGAUUUGUAACAUCUUCACUACGCCGAUCAGCAGCGGCAUUGACACGAUAUUCGUGGCAACCGCGUGGGAACCACAGGUGCUGAUGCAGAACCACCCUGAGCUAUAUCAGUCGAUGGUCCAAGUUUAUCCCCAGGUUCAAAUAGCUAUCCACGCUUAAGUGGUACCUACCUCCUACCUCUAUUUGAAUGGUACAUUAAUAGCAAUUGUUUAAUUAUGGCAAAGUACGAGAAUUAGAGACUCGUACAUAAUUUCUAUAUGUCUUUGGGUUUCGUAUCCGUCGGCUUGAGUUGUUAAAUCUUUCUUUCUCGCGUUUUGCUAGACUGAAAUGCGAUAAUGUUAUGUUUAGAGUCGCAAACGACUUGGCGAACCCACGGAUGGGGGAAUCAGCAGAAUCCUUCUGUUUGAUCUUACAGGAUUUUCAUAUGAAUUUUUAAAUAACAUACGAUAUCUUAAUAUUACCUUGCCU